AUGGCGACACCGGCAGCCACAAAGCGCCUCACCAGAGAAUAUGCCACCAUUUCAAAAUCUCCACCGCCCUACAUUACCGCACAUCCCUCGGACCGGAACAUCCUCGAGUGGCACUACAUCAUCACCGGCCCGCCAGACACGCCGUACGAGGGCGGACAGUACUGGGGCACCCUCAACUUCCCACCAGACUAUCCCUUCGCCCCGCCUGCCAUUCGCAUGCACACACCCUCUGGCCGCUUUCAGCCCAGCAGCCGGUUGUGCCUGAGUAUAUCCGACUUUCACCCUAAGAGCUUCAAUCCCGCCUGGGAAGUCAGCACCAUCCUCACUGGCCUGCUGAGUUUCAUGACGAGCGAGGAGAUGACGACGGGUAGUGUCCGCGCAUCCGACGCAGAGCGUAAACUCUUUGCACAGCGCACGAGAUGGUGGAACAGUACAGGUGGUGGCACAAAGGCGAUCGGCUCGGGCAACGCGGCCGGCGGUCAAAACGGCAACAUCAGGGCAGGCGACGGCGGUGCAAAGUUCCGACACGAAUGGCCCGACGUAGACGAGGAGAACCUUAGGUGGAUGAAGGAAAAGCGCAUCGAUCCCGCCACGGGUUUACCCCGGCCUGCCCCUUCACCCGCACAACACCCACCUUGCUCGCCGGACGUCUCGGGCCUGAGACGGCGACCCGGUACCAGCGCAACGGUCGUUCAGGACGCUGCGCAAAUAGCACGGGAUGCAGGCCAGAGUUGGUUGAGUCGCAACAAGUGGAGGAUUCUCCUUGGCACAAUGAUGCUCUACAUCCUGGUGGCGAGGGUCCUAGGUGACGGCGCAAUCGCUUCUCCUGCUUAA